UGUAGUUGAUGAUUGGUAUAAAGCUGUAUUAGAAUUAUCAAAAAAGAAUCCUGGUGAGGUUAAAUAUUCUAUUGAGAAGGUAUCUCGGGAAUGGUAUACAUUACCUCAUUCAGAUCACGUUAUUCAUGUAACUCGAAAUGCUCCUGAAAAUGAAUUAAAAGAAUUUAAAGGAAAAUGUUUUUGGUUAUUAAUGGAUGAUGUCGGUGGGCGUCAAGGAGGCAAUCCAACUGGUGGAAAUGGUGGUUCGGCUGGUAAUAAUAAUCCUACAGGAGGAGGUUCGAAUACUGGAGGUUCUAAUCCAAAUGAAUCAAGUGCUAAUAAACCAUCUAAUAAUUCCGGAUCUGGUUUAACUCAAAAACAAAAACUUGCAUUGGACGAAAUAUUUAAAAAUCUUCAAAUGCAACGAACUGAUAAUGACGAUCAAGAUCUUGAAGAACUCAGAAAAGUUUCACAAAGACUUGCAGAAUUACUUAAUAUGCAAAAU